AUGGCGGACAACUCCAACGAUGAGAUGAUCGUGGACACCCCGGCCGCCAUUCAGGCCAGCAACGCCGCCGCGGGCAACGUCGAGAUGGCCGAGAGCGGCGCUGCUGUCGCAGCCUCUGAGAAUGCGGCUGGUAACCCCGAGGGUUCCACAGCUGAGGCCAGCGUACCUGAGCAGCCCGAUUGUUACCCUGCUAAUUGGUCGGGAGAAAAUAAGACUAUUCUGACGGCGCACCAAGCGCUGCUGGUGCAGAGCCCGUUCUUUGCUGAGGCUUGCGCCGAGUUCACGGACGAUGGAAGCCCACGCCAGAUCGAGCUUCCAGGAGAGGAUAUCAACGCAAUAGGCUGCUUUUUCGAGUUCCUCUACACGGGCGAGUACUUCCCCAAGAAGAUUCCCGGCCAGCGGCAACUGGAGCGGCACCCGUCAAUCCCCGAGAGGAUCCACUGCGUCAACUCAACCGCCAAGGGCGAGAUUGCCUACGCCCGCUACGUCUAUUAA